UCGAUGUAGAAAAACGUCAUGUGGGGAACGGUGCUCGUCGAAGUAUCUUUUAAUUCCCCAAUUUUGACUUACGUCACAGAUAAAAUGGACGCGAUAUUACACAAACUGCGCACUUGUCGUUUGUCCCUCAUCGCUUGCCGUAGUUGUUUUUUUUUGCGACAGCGAGAUACUCCGCUUGUAGAGCUGCGGACGUACAAGUCGAGAGCAGGUAAAAGUUGGAGGGAGAAGUAGGCGACCCACAAUGUCCAGUAGUGUGCUGUGUAGUCGCAGCAGGUUGGUCCUGUCUAAGACUCCUGGCAGUAAAGCAUUAGCUGCCCUCCGUGUCGGCAGAACCAGAACCUUCUCCGCUGCUAGCUCAGAUGAACCUUAUGUAGCCGUAUCACACACAGACUCGGGCCCCAGGACCGUGUGGCCUGACGAGAACAUGGGGCCGUUCGGACCGCAGGACCAGCGCUUCCAGUUGCCGGGUAACGUCGGGUUCGACUGCCACCUGGAGGGCACGGAGAACCAGAAGAAGACCCCGGUCCACAGGACGGUGCCGGAUGUACUCACGGCCACGAGCUGCACAGAGAGGCACCAGUUCAUACUGGCCCAGUUUGUUAACGAGUUCCAAGGUAACCUGGGUGCAAUAAACACAAGAGUCCAUAAAGCUGAGCAGUACUUUAAUCAGACAGAGACAGACUGCUCCAUAAAUUCUUGCCCCGAGCUGCUCAGGAAAGAUCUCGAGCUCAUGUUCCCCACGGCGCCCACCUCCUCCAUCACAGUUGUGACGGUGACACAGAGUAACGGUCAGUGUGAGGAGGCAGCCGAGCCGGACAAAGACCAGCUGCUGCACAAAUUUGUGAGUGGCGCCAAGGAAAUGUGCUUCGCUCUGUGGACUGCCGGCUACUGGGCCGACUUCAUCGACCCGACCACGGGAGAAGCUUUCUUUGCGUCUCCAUCCAGUCAAACCAAACUGCGAACGGAGGAGGAACUACGAGACUUGGGCUUCCACAUCGAAGUGUCUGGCUCUUGCACAGUUAUACGUCACAUCCUGAGAGGAACGCCUCAGUUUGUGGGGACCGUUUUCACCAACGCACCCGCUCACAGUUCUGCCAUCGCGAGACUACAAGGACUUUCAAAUGUGAUCGUGGAUGAGGAAUAGGCUUUUUUAUUUCCCAGAAUGGUGUCCAAACGAGGAGUCUUAUUUAUGGUUUGAAGAAGCUUAGAUGUUGUUAGCGUUAGAACAGAGUUGUAUCGGUGGGAGCUUGUGAAAAGUUUGUCGUACAGUAACAACAUCUGGACUGAGACUCUAACGUAGACUUUGCUGCUGGUCAACCCGGCUUACUUUGCACUACGUCGGGGAGAAACACAAACUCAGAGGCCUUUCGACAUGUAACAUCUGCUGUUUGAAGAGUAGAAUCUAAAAAGUGGUUUUAUUUGAAUCACUGCAGUUGUGACCGUCGGAACUGCUGGGCCAAUAAAGUGACUUCUCAUCAGGCCGCAGUCACACAUUUCCUGAAGCGGUGAGUGUCUGUGCUCCUUCGCUGAAGUGUUUCCCAAAUUGAUCAACGCAUUCUAGUACUCAGGGAAUGGAAUUAUCCCUCUUGAUAAUUGACUUUCCGUUAUGAAGAGUGAAUAAUAAAAUAUGCAACAACAUAACAGUUUCUAUAAUGACAAGUGGACAAUUAAAAGGCAGUGAAAAAAGUAUUCAAUGUUUCACUUUUACA